GGAUGCAUUACGUACUACGUGGCCGCUCAACAGGACGCAACUGUUGCACACCGGAGGACGAGGUUGCCAUUACGACCCGUCAGACCAGAUUACAACAAUGAGUAGCCCGAGUAGUCUCAGUGAGUGCUUACAGGAAUGGGAGGUCAUGGAGAAGGACUAUCAACAGGUCCAGGAAACUCAUCGUCUUUAUAAACAUAAACUAGAAGAGGUCACCAAACUGCAAGACAGCUGCAGCAGUGCCAUCACACGUCAAAGGAAGAAGUUAAAGGAGCUGGCUGUUUCAAUAAAAGAAUGUAGAACCAAACACCCGGCCCAAGACCUGAGUUCAGAGGAGAGGAACGUCAUCAGAGACAUCCAGGACAGUAUUAGAGGAAGGCCGGACAUCUUCCUAGAGAUGGAAGCUUUCCUGCCCAAGAAGAAUGGGCUGUACCUCUCUCUGGUUCUGGGGAACAUCAACGUCACGCUGCUCAACAAGCACUCUAAAUUUGCGUACAAGGAUGAAUACGAGAAGUUUAAAUUGGUCCUCACGGUCAUCCUCUUCCUGUUCUCCUUCACCUGCCGCUUCCUACUGAGCUACAGAGCCCUGGAUGCGCUCUUCAACUUCCUACUGGUGUGGUACUACUGCACGCUGACCAUCAGAGAGAGCAUCCUGAUCAGCAACGGCUCCAGGAUCAAGGGCUGGUGGGUGUUCCAUCACUAUGUGUCCACCUUCCUCUCAGGGGUCAUGCUGACGUGGCCUGAAGGUGCCCUAUACCAGAUGUUCAGGAGCCAAUUCUUAACAUACUGUCUGUACCAAAUAGGUUUUGUCCAGUUCCUCCAGUACUACUACCAGAGUGGCUGUCUGUACAGGCUCCGCGCGCUGGGGGAACGGCACAACAUGGACCUCACAGUCGAGGGCUUCCAGUCGUGGAUGUGGCGAGGGCUGACCUUUCUCCUUCCCUUCCUCUUCUUCGGUCAUUUCUGGCAGCUCUAUAACAGCGUAAUACUCUUCAAAAUGGCCCAGCUACCAGAAUGCAAAGAGUGGCAGGUGGCGAUGUGUGGCUGCUCCUACCUCACACUGUUCCUCGGGAACUUCUGCACCACCCUGGGCGUCGUUUACCAGAAGUACAUCACAGACAAGCCCAAGAGUCUAUAGGUCCACCAACGCAGGGCAAUGUUAAAGAGCGGAGUCUUUGUUACACAGGUGUUUUUAUUUUAAAGGAGCUUUGACUGUUGAGCUCUGACUGUUUACUGUGUUUUUCAAUUGUUUACUUUGCACGUAUUUCAUUAUUUUAUGUCCUGGCAAUAUCAUUUGUCAAUCUAUCCCAAAGCAAGUGAAUGUACAAUGAUAGCAGCAUGUCACACAGUAACAAUGCAACCCCACUCUGUUAGCCUUCUGCUAUUGGCAGUAUAUGGCUGGUGACCUGUAAUUCACAUGGUUGGUCUGGGUUGGCAGCAGCAAUCACAUUUACCAAGAAGCAUCUAUUUAUUAUUUAGCAUAAUUCAUAGAAAAAAAGUAAUGCAGAGUGGUAAUCGGUGUUUUUUCAACAUUCACAGUCAUGAUUGUAUGGCAGGGGACUGCGUUUGUUUUUUAGUUUUGUGGCUGGUGUGUGUCCCCUACUCAGGCCCUCCAGGCCAGACCUGAUCAGUCGAUCCAGGCCAGACCUGAUCAGUCGAUCCAGGCCAGACCUGAUCAGUCGAUCCAGGCCAGACCUGAUCAGUCGAUCCGGAACAUAUCCAAGUCAAAAGCUGUGCCAGUCACUGUUCUAACCAAGUCUCUGAUUAUAACAUGUUGAUCAAUAACCCCGCAAUACUAGGUUUCUAGUGUAUGUACCUUUUGUACUUUUUUUAAAUGGUACCUCUUGUAGAGCAACAUUGGGUAUAGUCUACUUGGAACAAGGUUGCCUUUCUAGAACACUGUGAAUGUCAUCCUUUAAAUAGGCUGUAUAUGUCGAGCUAGUGCCAAAUGAAAAGGAAUUGCUUGAAUACCACUGUAUGUUGCAUUCAAAGACAUGUGUAAUCCUGCGCACUUAUAAAGUACAAAUACUAAGCAUUCAUCCAUUCCUGCUUUUUCCUCCAUGUUGCUCAAUCAGGGGUUUGAAGAAUUAAACCGAUUUACAUUUA